UUUUGGUUUCAGGUAGACUGGACGCCUGAACUGCAUAACAAAUUUGUUCAUGCAGUGGAACAACUAGGUAUUGAUCAAGCCAUACCUUCUCGAAUUCUGGAGCUAAUGAAAGUGGAGGGGUUGACAAGGCAUAAUGUGGCUAGCCAUCUUCAGAAAUAUAGAAUGCACAAGAGACAUAUCUUGCCUAAGGAAGAAGAUCGAAGAUGGCCAAAUCAAAGAGAUAUAAUGCAAAGGAGCUAUUAUGUGCCAAGGCCCAUUAUGGCCUAUCCUCAAUAUCAUUCUAACCACACCUUAUCUCCAGCUCCUAUGUAUCCUAUGUGGGGUCAACCAGGAAGUCAACCGGCUGGUGUACAGAUGUGGGCCCACCUAACUAUCACGUAUGGCAGCCUUUUCCGGGGAUGCACGCAGAAGCAUGGGGUUGCCCUGUGUUGCCACCUUCUCAAAAUCCUUGUUUUUACCACACUCAACAUACGCCUGGAUUGCACAGUGCUAAUAACGUUGAUUAUAACUCUAGCAUGCCUCCAAGUUCGUUGGAGCAUCAUCCGGCGGAUGAAGUUGUUGACAAGGUUGUGAAGGAGGCAAUAAGCAAGCCAUGGCUGCCCUUGCCCUUGGGUCUCAAACCUCCUUCCACAGAUAGCGUAUUGGCUGAACUUUCUCGGCAAGGCAUAUCCACCAUCCCUCAUGGUUCCAAAUCUAUAUAGCCACUGAGUCCCAUCGAGAGUGACUCCGAUGGCGACAAAAUUUAUGUUCUGGCUGGUACUAGAAUUGCUGUUUUACCCAAUAAGCAAUUCUGCAAUUUUUCUUUUUUCUUUUUUUCCCCUCGAAUUUGAGAUCCCAAUUAAAUGAACUGGUUAGGAGAUGGAAGUUGAGGACCAGCGUACCUUGUCUGGUCCCUCUCGAACAACCGACCACUCUGAGGUUUCCACCAAGCUGAUGAUGUGAAGCUACACUCGAACAACAACAACAACAAGAAGAAUGGACAUCGAUCCUAUCCUAUCCAUUGCUUUUUGUUUGCCGGAAUAAAAAAGCUCAUUUCAGUGGGAGACACCCGUCUGGCAACAUUGGGCGUCCCAGAAGUGGCCACGUGGUUGCUGAUACUUACACCAUGUUUGUGGCUGUAAAUAAACAGAGUUUUGAUGGGGAUGUGAGUUGUGAAAUGCACACAACUUUUGGGGCAUAAAAGUGCAAGUGGCUGCAAAUUCCAGAGUGAAAUGUGUAUGUGUGAGAGGGAUAGGGUGGGCCCAGUAGUAGUCGUAGUGGAGUAGGUAUCUAAUAAUGGAAACGGUGGCGCUUUUGUUUUCUUCUUCCCUUUUUUGAGGGUAUGGCAUGUAGAGAGAGUAACGUUGAUAUUUGCUGCUCUGGUGUUUGUUAAUAAAAAUGAGCGCAAUCCAGGCGGAAGCUGACAAUUCCAUUU